UACUAAUCUCGGUUAUGUUUACGUUUCUGUGUCUCUAAAUGAUGCACGCAACGGCCUAACCAAACCAUCCAAAGAAUUAAUUGCCCCACCUCUCUACCUGACUUUAUGAGGAUCGACAUUGGGGCUGCAUUGCAGAGCUGAAUUCCAGGCAGUUCAAUUAUCUUUAGAAUCUUGAUGCCUGAAAUAACUUCUGGGACUGAUGAGAAAACCCAAUGCUUCUUGUUCUUGCAAUCGAUUUCUUUUUCUAAUUUAUCUUUUUCUCUGUUCAAAUCUCCUUCAUGUUGAAGGGUUUGAUUCUCUGAUUCAGCUCCCUCGGUUUCGUGAGACUAGAAACCGAAUCAGCAGCAGAGGAGUUGUUUCUGUGUUCGAUUUUGGAGCGAAAGGGGAUGGUAUUCAUAACGACGCCAAGGCUUUUAAAAAUGCUUGGGAGGCAGCUUGUUCCUACGAAUCACAAUCGACACUUGAAGUUCCGGCUGGAAGAACUUAUCUGGUUGGGCCAAUUGAUUUUGGUGGCCCUUGUCAAUCAAAGGUGACUUUAAGGGUCUCUGGUACCAUUGUUGCUCCUGAAGAUCCUCAUGUCUGGGAUGGUUUGAAUCGGCAGAGGUGGCUUUAUUUCCAUGGUCUCAAUGACCUCACUGUAGAAGGCGGAGGCACUAUCAAUGGAAUGGGACAGGAAUGGUGGUCCCAGUCUUGCAAGAUCAACAUAACAAAUCCAUGUCGACAUGCUCCAACGGCCAUUUCUUUCCAUAGGUGCACAAAUCUGAAAGUCAGGAACAUCAUGACAGUAAACAGUCAACAAAUGCACAUUGCUUUCACCAACUGUCAAAAGGUUGUGGCAUCUCAUAUUAUAGUUGUUGCACCUGUGGGAAGCCCAAACACUGAUGGAAUUCACAUAAGUGCAUCCACUAAUGUUCAGGUCAAGGACAGUGUAAUUGGAACAGGUGAUGACUGCAUCUCUAUAGUUAGCAAUACUUCCAGGGUUCGAGUCAGAAAUAUUUCAUGUGGACCUGGCCAUGGUAUAAGUAUAGGAAGUUUGGGGAAAUCAAAGUCAUGUGAUGACGUGAAUAAUGUAUUGGUUGAUGGAGCGUUUAUAUCAAAUACUGAGAAUGGGGUGAGGAUCAAAACAUGGCAGGGAGGAUGUGGCUUUGCUCGAAAGAUAAAAUUCCAGAAUGUGCUAAUGGAAAAUGUUUCUAACCCGAUCAUCAUUGAUCAGUAUUAUUGUGAUUCACUGAUACCAUGUCAAAACCAGACCAUGGCUGUUCAGGUAGACAGUGUUUCUUUCAUAGGCAUCGAAGGAACUUCAGCCACCGAGGAAGCAAUAAGAUUUGCUUGCAGUGAUAAUUCCCCAUGCCGUAGAAUAUAUUUGGAAGAUAUUCAAUUAUUCUCACAUUCUGGUGAGCCUACCACGGCUUUUUGUUGGCAAGCAUGGGGCGCAUAUUCAGGCAUUAUGCGUCCGCCUUCUUGUUUCCCAUGCAGUGGGAGCUUCAUCAAACAGAAGGUUAUUUCAAGUGCCAUCCAUCUGGCAAUUUCAAGAUAGUUCAUCUUCGUCCAUGGCUGUGAAUGCCAUUAUUGUCUAGUAGGAGAAGCUUCUCUUGUGAACUUGUAUGCAUAGAGAUGCAUAGGAAUCAUGAAUUCCUGCCAAUUUGAGAAUCUUGCCACAGGUUUUGGUGUGCUUCAUCAAAUGAUAUUUCCUACUUCCCACUCAAAAGGAAGAAGUCACAUCUACUUUUCUAAGAAAUUGUAAUCUUAUCAAAGUGAAUCACAUUAUCUUAAGAGAAGGAAAACAAAGGUGUUUGGUAA